AUGGACGUGCACCCGGCGAAUGCGGCCGCCGACUCCCUCGGAGACAUGUUCCCGCACCAGCCCGCCGGUUUGGAGAGUGAUGAGAGCAACAUAGAAUGGCUCUCUGGCUACGUGGAGGACUGCUUUUCGAGCUCCACAUCCUACACAAAUCCUGUUUUUGCAAGAUCUGCUCCUGCAAUGGCAAGCCAGGGUGCUGGAAAACCAAAGUUACCGCCACCUUCAUCUUCCAAUGGCAGGAGAAAGAAAAGGAGCCUGGCCUCUGUUAUGACUAACGACGAUGAUCAACAAUACAUCAUCCCAUUGUAUGUUGAGCCACCGCUAAUCCUAAUUGAUCAGAAGCAUUGGAUGGCAGAGAGCGAGCUGAUCCUCCCCAAGAAAGACAAAGACCAAGAGGUUUGCCAGCAACAAGGGCAGGAAGAGAAGUGUGAGAAGGGUGUGCGGCGGCUGGUGAAGAGGUAUGCCACCAUUUCUGAGGAGCAUUGUGGCCAAGAAACCAAGAAAGAACAAGAACCAGGAGCACAGCGAGAUAAGAAGAAGAAGAUGAUGAAGAAGACAUAUGUGAAUGAGCCCCAGUCGUCAGAUCAGGCAGAGAAGCGCUGCACCCAUUGCUUGUCCUCCAAGACCCCACAGUGGAGGGCUGGACCUUUGGGACCGAAGACUCUUUGCAAUGCCUGUGGCGUGAGGUACAAGUCCGGCAGGCUGCUGCCAGAGUAUAGACCUGCCAAUAGCCCGACUUUUGUGAGUUGCAUACACUCCAACUCUCACAAGAAGGUAAUGCAGAUGAGGCAGGCUGUUGCGCAGCAGCAGUGA